AUGGCACCUACGAACAGAGACAAAUUGCUCAAGCUAGACAGCAGCGCACACCUACGCUCCUACCGCAGGAAUCUCGGACCGUUUCGGGCAAAUGGCCCCGUGGAGAUAUCUGGGGAGCAAGAACAAGGGACGGGCGUGAGGUGGACAUGUGACAUUGUGGAUUUGGGCGAGAUGGGGUGGACCAGGACGGUGAAUCACGAGGUGCACGCGAUACAGGAGGACUAUCCAGCACCGUCCCCGAUACACAUUCGAGCACCAGCAGUACUGUCACAAACGGCUGCGCCCGCGGUACAGCCACCUAUGUUUCCACAUCACAACGCUGCGAUGCCGCACGCGCGCAACACCGUACCGCCACUUCUACGCGCUGCUCUCGAGCACGGCAAGACAUUCCCCAACGACGACGCGCUGUACGAGGUCUUCGAAGAGACGGCGAGCGCGUAUAUGAGCGACGAGAGUCAGGUCGUGAGCACACAUCGGGGUUUACGCGCAGCGAACGAGCGCGCGGUGGGGUACUUCGUUGAGACGUAUAUGUGUGCUGCUGUCGACGAACCGGAAGUCGAGCUCAAGAAUGGAGGGAUGAUUAGUUGCACUGUGGAGACGGAUGGGUCGUUGGGCGGGAAUUCGGCAGUGUAUGUGAGGCGGGCAAAGGUGGGAGAGAAGCCAUGA